UGGAGCGCCCGCAGGCCCCGCUGGCGCGCGCAGCGGUAUGGAGGACGGCGUGCUCAAGGAGGGCUUCCUCGUCAAGAGGGGUCACAUCGUCCACAACUGGAAGGCGCGAUGGUUCAUCCUCCGGCAGAACACACUGCUGUACUACAAGCUCCAGGGAGGCCAGAAGGUGACCCCUCCCAAGGGCCGGAUCCUUCUGGAUGGCUGCACCAUCACCUGCCCCUGCCUGGAGUAUGAAAACCGACCCCUCCUCAUUAAGCUGAAGACUCAAACAUCCACCGAGUACUUCCUGGAGGCCUGUUCUCGAGAAGAGAGGGACGCCUGGGCCUUUGAGAUAACGGGGGCUAUUCACGCUGGGCAGCCGGGGAAAGUCCAGCAACUCCACAUAUUGAAAAACUCCUUCAAGCUGCCCCCUCACAUCAGUCUGCAUCGCAUUGUGGACAAGAUGCACGACAGCAGCAGUGGGAUCCGGCCAAGCCCCAACAUGGAACAGGGAAGCACCUACAAAAAGACCUUCAUAGGCUCCUCCCUGGUGGACUGGCUCAUCUCCAACAACUUUUCUGCUAACCGUCUGGAGGCCGUGACCCUGGCCUCUAUGCUCAUGGAAGAGAAUUUCCUUAGGCCGGUAGGCGUCCGAAGCAUGGGAGCCAUUCGCUCUGGAGACCUGGCUGAGCAGUUCCUGGAUGACUCCACGGCUCUGUACACUUUCGCUGAGAGCUACAAGAAGAAGAUAAGCUCCAAGGAAGAAAUUAGUCUCAGCACCGUGGAGUUGAGUGGCACAGUGGUAAAACAAGGCUACCUGGCCAAGCAGGGACACAAAAGGAAAAACUGGAAGGUGCGGCGCUUUGUUCUGAGGAAGGAUCCGGCUUUUCUGCAUUACUAUGACCCUUCCAAAGAAGAGAACCGGCCAGUGGGUGGGUUUUCUCUUCGUGGUUCCCUCGUGUCUGCCCUGGAGGAUAAUGGCGUUCCCACUGGGGUUAAAGGGAAUGUCCAGGGGAAUCUCUUCAAAGUGAUUACCAAGGAUGACACACACUAUUAUAUCCAGGCCAGCAGCAAAGCUGAGCGAGUGGAGUGGAUUGAAGCUAUCAAAAAGCUAACGUGACAAGGGAGCGUGUUCCUGAAGGAACAGGACCGGGAUUCCUCCCUCCUACCAGAUGGUACAGACAAGAUUUCCUGGAGAAUGGGUGUGUUCAGACUCAGCUUCUUUGGAUGUACAUUUUGUACUGCUUUGCAGGAAGACCGGUGAUCCUUAGAUCACAACCAGCAGUGGUGCUAUUUCCUUCCCCACCUUCCUGUUAACAGCCUAGAAAUGCUGUUAACCAUUAGGUGUCAGCAUCUUGACUCUCACGCAUCUUCACAGCCAGCCAUUCCUUGGGCACCAAGGUAGGGUUCCCUGUUGUAACACUA